AUGAGUUCAACAGCUCCAGGAGACAAAUCAAACAUUCUAAGGAAAUAUAAAAUCGUUUUCUUGGGAGAUCAAAGUGUUGGUAAAACAUCCUUAAUCACUCGAUUUAUGUAUGAUACAUUUGAUGAAACUUAUGCAGCAACAAUUGGAAUAGAUUUCUUAUCUAAAACAAUGUAUCUAGAAGAAGGGAAAACAAUUAGAUUACAAUUAUGGGACACUGCUGGUCAAGAACGGUUCCGAUCUUUAAUCCCUUCAUAUAUUCGUGAUUCUCAUGUUGCUGUUAUUUGUUAUGAUAUUACCAAUAAAAAAUCAUUUUUGAAUUUAGAUAAAUGGAUUAAAGAUGUUAAAUUAGAAAGAGGAGAUGAUGUGAUUAUAGUGCUUGUUGGAAAUAAACUGGAUUUAGCCAAUGAUAAACGACAAGUCAGUAUUGAAGAUGUAGAACAAUUACAUAAUAAAAUUGGAUCAAAAUUUUUCAUUGAAACUUCAACAAAAGCAAAUCAUAACGUCAAAUUAUUAUUUAAGAAGAUCGCUCAAUCAUUACCUGAAUUUAGUCAAGAUGGUAGUGGUGAAGGAGGAGAUGGGAAUAAAGAUGGCGGCAAUAAACCAGAAACAAUUGAUAUUAGUAUUGAGAAUAAUCCAACAAAUCAAGGUACUAGUACAUGUUGUUAA